AUGAGUUUCAGUAUCGGUGGUACGGCCACCAGCUGCCUGGCAGCGCUUGGUGAGAUGGAACAAAUAAUUUGCCAGCUGGAACGGGGCACAGUGAUCCAGAAGUUUUAUCCCCGCAAGCGGCCGGAAACGAAAACGCUUAUGCUACGCCGCGAAACGCGACAGAUAAUAUGGUCCUCGAUACAGACGAACGGUCGUAGCAACUACGAAGGAUCGCUGGAAUUGCGUGAGGUGAAGGAGAUGCGCCCCGGCAAAAAAUCGAAAGAUUUUGAAAAGUGGCCCGAAGAGACGAAGAAGAUUGAACCACGCAAAUGUUUCGUCAUUCUGCAUGGGAACGAUUUUAAACUGCGAACCGUUUCGAUCGUGGCGAUUUCCGAAAAAGAAGCCGACAUGUGGAUGAAAGGACUGAAGUAUCUGAUCUCAGACACCCUAACCUCACCGUACUGGUUGCAGAUUGAGCGGUGGCUUCGGCGGGAAUUUUACCUAAUGGAAGCGAACGGUACCGCCAGCCUGAAGGAUAUUCGUUCCUUUCUACCCAAGAUCAACUGUAAAAUAUCCACCGCCAAGCUGAAUGAAGUCUUCCACGAGGUGGAUACCCGGCGCCGGAACGAGCUCGGGUUUGAUGAUUUUACCCGGCUGUAUCAGCGCUUGAUACUGCCGCCGAAUGCGUUACCGGAGUAUUUCGACGGUGUUCGCAUGACCACGUACAGCCAGAACGGCCAAACGGUCACGCUGCAGGAGUUUCGAAAGUUUCUCACCAAAGAGCAACAAGAGGACGAAAGUAACGGGGGGCACAGUGAGGAAACGGUGGCGAAAUUUAUCAACAAUUACAUACAAGACCCAGCACGUGAUGUGAGCGAACCUUAUCUGCGUUUGCACGAGUUUAUCGACUUUUUAUUCUCCCGCCAAAACGAAAUCUGGGACAAGCGGUGCGAUACGGUGUAUCAGGACAUGAGUAGACCGCUUUCCCACUACUGGAUCUCGUCGUCACACAACACCUACCUGACAGGGGAUCAAUUUUCUAGCGAGUCAUCGGUGGAAGCAUAUGCCCGUGCGUUGCGUAUGGGAUGCCGUUGUAUUGAGCUGGAUUGCUGGGACGGUCCGGAUAAUAUGCCGCUAAUAUUUCAUGGCCACACUUUUACGACGCGCAUCAAAUUUAUGGAUGUUAUACGUACGAUCAAAGAGCACGCGUUUAUCACCUCCGACUAUCCGCUGAUACUAUCGAUCGAGCAGAACUGUUCCCUGACUCAGCAACGCCGGAUGGCUCAGGCGAUGCAAGAGGUAUUUGGCGAGAUGUUGCUAACGCAACCGAUCGACAAAGCGGAAACGCAGCUACCGUCUCCGCAGCAGUUGAGGCGCAAAAUAAUCCUAAAGCACAAAAAACUGCCCGAAAACGGUAUGCUUGUGGUGGAUGAAGCGGGCAAAGAGUCGGCCAUACUGAUGCGUGCCAAUGAUGAGAGCGAGCUGGAUAUACGGAAUACCGUCAAGAAUGGUAUACUGUAUCUGGAGGACCCGGUUGACAAGGGUUGGAAUGCUCACUUUUUCGUGCUGACCCAACACAAACUCUUCUACACCGACAGUCAACGUCCUGAUCGCGACAGUGACUGUAGGGAUGACGAUCGCGAAGAGAAUGGUUUUGCCAACCGCCAGUCACGGGACGGUGCGGUACUGUCGAACGAUGAGCUACACUUUGGCGAGAAUUGGUUCCACGGGAAGCUGACCGGUGGUCGGGAGGAGGCGGAAAAGCUGUUGCAACAAUUUUCACACCUCGGCGAUGGUACGUUCCUGGUGCGGGAGAGUGUCACAUUCGUCGGGGACUACUGUCUAUCCUUCUGGCGCCAGGGUAAACCGAACCACUGUCGCAUAAAGCUCAAGCAGGACAAAGGUGUCACCAAGUACUACCUAAUGGAGAACGUACUGUUCGAAAGUUUGUACAGCUUGAUCAUGUACUACCGGCAGAAUGCGCUCCGUAGUGCCGAAUUUAACAUCACACUAAAGGAACCGGUUCCACAGCCGAACAAGCACGAAACGAAGGAAUGGUACCAUCAUACGACCACACGCGAACAGUCAGAAAUCGUGCUCAAUCAGAUCCCACAGGACGGUGCCUUUCUAGUACGGCCCAGUGAGAAAGGACCGAAAGCAUUUGUCAUUUCGUUCCGGGCGCACGGUAAAUUUAAACAUUGCCGCAUACGCGUAGAAGGACGUCUGUACGAAAUGGGCGGUAUGGAGUUUGAAAGUUUGGUAGAUUUGGUAAAUUUCUAUUCCAAGCAUCCCCUCUACCGGAAGGUCACGCUUACGUAUCCUAUCCCGCGCGAAAUGAUACGCCGUAUCAACACAAUGGAUGUUCCAGAAGAAAGUGGUGCGUACGGUUAUAUGGACCCAGCAACGGUCACCAAUGAGAACGUAACAGUGAAGGCACUGUACGACUACAAGGCACAGCGAGACGAUGAGCUGUCCUUUUGCAAGCACGCCAUCAUCACGAACGUAACGAAGAAGGGCAAUGACUGGUGGUUGGGUGAUUACGGUGGCAAACGGCAACACUACUUCCCGGCCAACUACGUGCAGGAACUAAGCGCUAUGGACGAUGGAACGUUGGUAGAUGAAAGUGCCAACGAACCCCUAAUGUUGGGUAGUUUGCAGAAAGGUUCGCUGGACGUUCACGGUGCAGUAGUGGAGAUGACCUACAGUAAUCAUCCGGAUAUUGAGCGGAUACUGCGCAUUCAGAAUCCAACCAUGCAGAACGUGUUCGAGGUCGGUGUACAGACGAAAGAGCUGGCGUGCGACUGGAUGUAUGCCAUUAAGGAGGCGGCCCAAAACGCCAGCGCCAUGGAAAACGAACGCCGCAAGAUGGAGCGCAAUUCGCGCGUUGCCAAGGAAAUGUCCGAUCUCAUCAUCUACUGUCGUAGCGUACCGUUCAAACAUCAUCCCGCGUCGUGGGUGUUUUACGAAAUGUCCAGCUUUCCCGAAACGAAGGCGGAGAAAUAUUUCCUACAGCCGGAAACGCGGGCCCUGUUUGUGCGGUACCAUCGGCACCAUUUGAGCCGGGUCUAUCCGAAGGGGCAACGGUUGGAUUCUUCGAAUUAUCACCCGACGGCUCUGUGGAACUGUGGUUCGCAGAUGAUUGCGCUGAACUUUCAAACGCCGGACAAACCGAUGCAGUUAAAUCAGGCCAAGUUUCGGGAUAAUGGUGGCUGUGGCUAUUUGCUGAAACCGGAGUUUAUGUUUCGGGAUGAGUUUGAUCCGACCGACCCGAACACGCUGGUCGGGGUGAAUGAAGUGAUCGUGAACGUGCGCAUCAUUGGUGGACGUAAUCUGUGCAAAGUAAGCCGUAACAUUACCAGCCCGCUAGUGGAGGUGGAAGUGUUGGGCGCAUCGUUUGACGGUGGCAUCAAGCAUCGUACCAGAGCAAUAGCGGAUAACGGGUUGAACCCGAUAUGGAACGAAAUCUGUGAAUUUCGGAUAGCGAAUCCACACUUUGCAAUGAUCCGGUUCGAGGUGCAGGACGAGGACAUGUUCGGAGAGCCCAACUUUAUCGGACAAGCGGUAUUUCCGCUCGGUGCCAUCCGCACCGGUUAUCGUAGCGUGGUACUGCGCAACAAGUACAGUGAGGAGCUGGAGUUGGCCACCCUGCUGGUACACACCAGCAUACGGCCGCUGCAAACGGAAUGA